UACCUAGGUACGCAGUUAUGAUAGCUGCUAUGGUCUCGAUGAUAAAUAUAAGGGUCUCAUGCCUCCCGAAUAUGAGAGCUCGGCAGCCGCCCGCCGACUACUGUCCUUCCUGCCUUACAAGCCUCCACACAGAACAGCGCUCACCUCUCAACCUCCCGGGAUUUCAUAACUAGGCAAGAUAACGAUGGCCUCGAAAUUUGCCCGCCUGGUUGGACUCAUGGGAGCUCUUGCUCCUGCGUUCGCGGUUCCCACGAACAAUAGUCACCAAGUUUCCCUACCGUUGCCAGCAAGAACUAUUGUUCAGAUGAAUCAAACCGUCGAUUUUGUCGAGAAUAUUGCUGUUAGUGGUAGUGGGGACCUUGUUGUAACCCUCUUCCAUCCAACAGCGUCAGUCUACGCCGUGGAGAAGCCGCUUUCAGAUUCUCCGAUUAUGUCUCUCCUCCAUACGUUCCAAGACGCCAACGGCACAACCGGUAUUGUCGAGAUUAAUCCCGGUAUAUUCGUCGUAGCUACUGCUUUUUAUCAGGGGCUAGCAACACCCGUAGCAAAUACGACAUCAUUUUGGGAACUUCAGUGGGGUGGUAAAGGACUGCCAGCUACUGUCCGUAGGAUCGACCAUGCUCCAAAGGCAAGCCUUGUUAAUGGCAUCACCUCUAUCCCGGGUCUCAAGUCCGCCGUACUAGCGGUCGAUGGUGCCCUUGGCCUGAUUUAUCGAGUCAACGUCAUAACUGGAGUCAACCAGGUUGUACUGGAUGCCACCGAACUCAAGCCCGUCCCAGGAAGCCAACUUGGCCUCGGUGCCAAUGGGAUCAAGAUACGGGAUGGAUAUGUGUAUUGGUCUAACACGGAUGCGGUGUCAAUUUACCGCACCUUGAUAGACAGUAAGGGAUACCCGAUCCGAGGUGCUAAAGUUGAAAAGGUAGUCACUAUCGAGGGCGCAUCUGGCGUGGACGAUUUCAACUUUGACAGGCAAGGAAACAUAUGGGCCGCGACAAACCUGGACAACACAGUGGUCACCAUCAAGCCAGACGGCCGUCGGGAGGUUGUCGUAGGAUCGCCAACUGAACUGACUGUUGCUGGUGAUACCGCUGUGGCAUUUGGAAGAACGGCGGCGGAUAAGGACAUUGUAUACGUGACUACCUGUGGGGCGGUUGCUUCUCCUGUUAAUGGUACGAUUACCGAGCCAGGAAAGAUUGUUGCCAUUGAUGCGAAGGGGUACUAUUAGAUCUUCAUUUCUGUAAAGUAUAUUUGAUACUUGACCAUUUUGUCCAUCAAGUCCGAAUAGAUCAUGGAAUAGAAUAAGACUCGGACAUCUGAGUUGUAUUGGUCAAUAGGAAAAUAACAUAGCGUCUAGAGCGGAAUAUGAUAGCUUUGUUGUAUUAGAUAUUUAUGAAAGGGACCAACUCGGGAAUGCCGUAUCUGCGACUAGACCAAGUCAGGGUCCUCAAGGGUCUAGGUACCGUACCGAAUCAGGUUUGAUAGGCUGACGAGCAACCUCGAAGUCUAGGUUACAACCUGUGGAUCAGUUGAGACGGGAUAUAAAUAGGC